AUGGAUCCCUCACCCAUCCCCCUCGUCUCCUACGGCCGCACGACCAACCGCGCCGAUGUACUGAUUAUAGGCGCCGGUAUCUCGGGGUUGACGACGGCCAUCGAGAUGAUUCGGAAGGGAAACGGGAGGAAUUUUAUUAUUGUGGAGAAGGGAAAUCAGGUUGGCGGGACGUGGAAUGAUCAGAGGUAUCCAGGGUGUUGUUGUGAUGUUUGGAGUCAUUUGUAUAGUCUAAGUUUCGAACCAAAUCCGAAUUGGACACGCGAAUACCCCGGUCAAGAAGAAAUCCUCGACUACCUCAUCUCCGUCGCCCAUAAAUACCAACUCUACAAACACAUCCGAUUCAGCACCUCGGUCGAAGAAGUACGCUGGGACGCUCCAUCCAACACCUGGAAAACCAAAAUCACACGUCUCGGCGCCAAAGAUGCAGAAUUCGGCGAACACUACACCAUCACCUCCAACUUUCUCGUUUCAGGAGUCGGUCAAUUAAACGUACCCAAAUACCCAGACAUCCAAGGCGUGGAUUCCUUCAAAGGGAAAUCCAUGCACUCAGCACGAUGGGAUUGGGAUUACGACCUCCGCGGCAAACGAAUCGGGAUCAUUGGAAAUGGUGCCACGGCCGCGCAAAUCAUUCCUGAAGUCGCAAAGGUGUGCGAGAGAUUGACUGUAUUCCAACGCACGCCGAACUGGGUGAUUCCUCGAGAUGACAGACCGAUUUCAUCCACACAACAGGCGAUUUAUAAAUAUGUGCCGUUUGUACGACGGAGGUAUCGAGCUGCGUUGAUGGAUUUUAGGGAGGCGUUUUUUGAUGUUGUGUUCGAUAGCGAGUCGGAGAUUCAUCAGAUGUUCAAAGGGGCCGCGGUGCAGCACAUGGAAACGCAGCUUCCGGGGGAGAAGUACAAAGAUAUGAGGGAGAAACUCAUGCCAAAGUACGAUAUGGGCUGUAAACGGGUGAUCAUCACCGAUGACUACUUUCCUACGUUUACGCGGGAGAACGUGGUGUUGGAAACGAGCGCGAUCAAGCGGAUUACCGAGAAGGGCGUUGAAGUCGAAGGCGAAAAGGAACAUGAAUUCGAUCUCCUAAUCUACGCAACCGGUUUCAAAACAACACAAUUCAUGUAUCCCAUCAAAAUCUACGGCACCAACGGGAAAUCCCUCGACGAGAUCUGGGCUUCUGGCGCUUCAGCCUAUCUCGGCAUGACAAUCCCCUCUCUCCCAAAUUUCAGCAUGUUAUACGGCCCCAACACCAACCUCGGCCACAACAGCAUAAUCCUCAUGAUCGAAGCCCAAGCCAUGUACAUCAACGCCCUCAUCACCAAGAUCAAAACCGCCCGCGACUCCGGCCACACCCUGAAUAUAUCUCCCAAACAAUCCGUCGUCGACGCCUACAACGCCGAUGUGCAGCGUCGUCUCGCGCAAUCGGCGUUCGCGGACCCGAAUUGUAAUUCCUGGUAUAAGAAUGAGAAGGGGCUGAUUACGAAUAAUUGGUCUGAGGCGGUGAUCCCGUAUCAGAAGAAGACGAGCGAGAUUAGGUGGGAGGAGUUUGAGGUGGGCGGGAGUGCCGCUGGGAUGGUGAGGGGGAAGGGGAGGGAGAGGUGGGGGAGGGUGGUGGAGGAGACGCAGGUUAGUAAUGCGGUGGUACUGAUGGGGUUGGUAUCGACGGCUGCGGCGGCUGUUGCGGCGGGGGUGUGGGUUAGGGGUGGGUUUGGGAUGGUGAGGCGGUGA